CCUUCUCGGCUUUUCCCCCCUCUUCCUCCCUCUGCAUUCCACCCGGACAGUGCCAGCAGUGUGGUCUCGCACAUCGCACUGCUAGUGUACCACUCCCACUACUCCAUCCACACUCUUACCCACUCUCUCCACACACGCCAUUGCUGCUCCUCCUCGUCGUACCCCCAAAUGGAGCGGCAGCAGCCUGCAUUCCGCUCUUACCUCCCUGGAGCGCAUUCGCUCCAGCAUUGAUACAGGGGAAGCUCCAGCGGAUCGCCGGCCCCUCAUUCUCCCUGCCGGAUCCUCCACCCACCGGCCGCCGCCGCGACUCUGUCGGCGUAGAGGGGGUGGAGAUCCGUCGAGGCCCAUCUCUUGUCGUUGCGGUUUCCGUUUCUUGAUGCCUCGGUUCCUGACUCCGUUCUUCCUGAUUGCUCUCUUGUCGUGCCGGCAUCCUUAAUCCCUUCUCUCGGUUCCAAGGGGCUUAAACCCUACCCUAUCCGCUUCAUCUCAAGCUCAGUAUUCCAAAUUUUUUAUCUCAUUUGCAUGAACAUUGCUUCAAUUGCCUGGCUGCAAAGAUUGCCUGGCUGCAAAGAAGGGUCUUGCAAUGCGGCUCAUCUUCUUGUGCCUCUCGAUUUGGGCCGUGUGUUAUGCGGCCUCUUCGGUGGCUGCUUCAGACACGGAGGCACUGCUGGAAUUCGGCAGGGGCAUCCGGCAAGACCCGUCCCGCCGUGAGGCCACCGCCACCCCCUGGAACCCCACGAGCGCGCUGGACGCUGACGGCUGUCCCGUCGAUUGGCACGGCGUGCAGUGCAGCGGCGGCCAGAUUCUUUCUAUCGCGCUUGACGGCAUUGGGCUCGUUGGGAAUGCUACCCUGUCGGCGCUUGCGAGGAUGCCGAUGCUCCGGAACUUGUCCCUGUCAAACAACAAGCUGGAAGGGUUCUUGCCGCGUGAGCUGGGUUCGAUGGCGUCGUUGCAGCUGCUGGAUCUGUCGAACAACAGGUUCUCAGGUUCAAUUCCCCCUGAAUUGACUAAGCUGGCUGGUUUGGGGCAUCUCAAUCUCUCUUCCAACGGUUUUCAUGGUGCGUUGCCAUUGGGUUUCCGGAACUUGAGGAAAUUGAAGUAUUUGGACCUUCGUGGCAAUGGCUUCACCGGCAGAUUGGAUGACAUAUUUGUGCAGCUGCAGAGCCCAGUCCAUGUCGAUUUGAGCUGCAACCAGUUCUCAGGAUCCUUGGCAUCGAUCUCUGACAACUCAUCUAUGGCUAGCACGCUUCAGUACUUGAAUGUUAGCCAUAAUGUGCUGUCAGGAGCAUUAUUUGACAGUGAUCCGAUGCCUUUGUUAGACAGUCUUGAGGUGUUUGAUGCAAGUUUCAAUAUGCUCAGUGGCAAUAUUCCGCAGUUUAACUUUGUCAUCUCCCUCAAGGCGUUGCGACUGCAGAACAAUAAUUUUUCAGGCUCCAUCCCAGAAGCACUCUUUCGGGAGACCUCUAUGGUGCUGACUGAACUGGACCUUAGCUGCAACCAACUUAGAGGUCCAAUCAGACGUGUAACAUCGACGAAUUUGAAGUACCUGAACCUGUCAUACAAUAGUCUUGAGGGAGCUUUACCAAUCACAUUUGGAAGUUGUUCAAUCGUUGAUCUGAGUGGAAACAUGCUGUCUGGGAACUUAUCGGUUGCCCGAACAUGGGGAAAUUAUCUCCAGAUGAUUGAUCUGAGCUCAAAUAGAUUAAUUGGAACUUGGCCAAAUGAGACAACCCAGUUUUUGAGGCUGACAUCAUUGAGGAUUUCGAACAACUUGCUAGCAGGAGAACUGCCAAUUGUCCUUGGAACCUAUCCAGAGUUGAUUUCCAUUGACCUCAGUCUCAAUCAGCUACAUGGACCUUUACCUGGAAAUCUGUUUACAGCGGUUAAGCUGACCUUUCUAAAUCUUUCAGGCAAUAGCUUUGAAGGGAAUCUACCCCUUUCGAAUUCCGAUGCCAAGAACUCGACUUCCAUAGACCUGUCCAUUUUCCCUGUGCGAACUUCAAACCUCUCAUUUGUUGAUCUUUCAAACAAUUCUUUGAAUGGCUCACUGCCAACAGGCAUUGGUGAUUUAAGUGCGUUGACAUUGCUGAACCUUCGUCAAAACAACUUUACUGGCCAAAUCCCAAGAGCAAUCACCAAGCUUAAGAAUUUGCUAUACAUUGACUUAUCAAGCAACCAUUUCAAUGGUAGCAUACCUGAUGGCCUCCCUGAUGAACUUGUUGAGUUUAAUGUCUCCUACAAUAACCUGUCUGGCUCUGUUCCGAGUAAUUUACUUAAAUUCCCAGAUUCAUCCUUCCAUCCAGGGAAUGAAUUACUCAUUCUUCCUCGCUCUGAAUCACUAAAUGGCUCUGACAAAUCAGAUGAGGGAAGGCACGGCAUGAAGCGUGGAAUUCUAUAUGCAUUGAUUGUAUGUGUUGUUGUAUUUGUUACCGGGAUUAUUGUGCUUUUGCUUGUUCAUUGGAAGAUCAAUAGCUGGAAGAGUAGUGAAAAAGGUACUAACCAAGGUAAACAGCCUGUAACUCAAGGUCAGAGUGCUCAUAGAAGUGCAGAAACUUCAACAACUGAAAUGCAUGAUGUAUCAUUAGGAUCGUCGCCUACUGCACAGUCUGGAGCUGUUUCAUUGCCUGGAAGGGAAAGACAUCCUGAAUCCCAAGAUGUGCCAGUUGAUGUUGCUUAUUUCAACGAGCCAAUUGGUAGUAGCUCAGCCCUUAAAGACAGCGCUACAUCAUCAAUGCCUUCUUUGUCAUCAUCACCACCUGAUGCGUGCACCCAACAUCGUCACUCUAUCUUUAGAGUGCACUCUCCUGACAAACUGGUUGGGGAUUUACAUCUCUUUGACAAUUCAGUUGUGUUCACAGCAGAGGAGCUCUCUUGCGCCCCUGCUGAGAUAAUUGGCAGGAGCUGCCAUGGGACAUCCUACAAGGCUACACUUGACAAUGGGUACAUGCUGACAGUGAAGUGGCUGAAGGAGGGCUUUGCUAAGAGUAAGAAAGAAUUUUCCCGUGAAAUAAAAAAGCUUGGUUGUGUUAAACAUCCCAAUCUUGUUCCACUGCGAGGCUACUACUGGGGCCCUAAAGAGCAUGAGAGGAUCAUCAUAUCGGAUUAUGUAGAUGCCACAUCUCUAUCUACCUACUUGUCUGAAUUUGAAGAGCGGAAUCUCCCACCUCUGUCAGUAGGCCAGAGGCUGAACAUUGCAACCGACAUUGCCCACUGUCUAGAUUACCUGCACAAUGAGCGUGUUAUCCCACACGGCAACAUUAAGUCAUCGAAUGUCCUGAUUCAGAACUCCACUCCAUCUGCCCUGGUAACCGACUACAGCCUUCACAGGCUGAUGACUCCGACGGGCAUGGCCGAGCAGGUCCUCAACGCUGGUGCCCUAGGAUACUCCCCGCCUGAGUUUUCAAGCACCAGCAAGCCAUGCCCAUCUCUGAAGAGCGAUGUAUACGCUUUUGGUGUGAUUCUGCUCGAGCUGCUGACAGGGAAGAUUGCUGGUGAGAUCAUCUGUGUGAAUGACGGCGUGGUUGAUCUGACGGACUGGGUGAGGAUGCUAGCACUGGAGGAGCGUGUCUCGGAAUGCUACGACCGGAACAUUGUGGAAGCUGGGAGCUCAGAUGGCGCCCCGAAGGCGCUGGAUGACAUGCUGCGCAUCGCGAUCCGAUGUAUCCGGUCUGCGUCGGAGAGGCCGGAGAUCCGGACGGUGUUCGAGGACCUCUCGUCCCUGUCGUCGUGACCGGAGUUCUUGGUAGUGUACAUCUCGUACUUACAUCAGCUUGUGGAAACUCGGAGAGGGUAUACUAACAAUUGCUAGGAUUUUGUGGUGAUGUGUGUAGUAUCCUUGAGCAUUCGUUGUUUGGGUUGCUCUUCCUGGGAAUAGUCGAUUCGUUAUUAGUUAGUCCACAAUUUUUAGCAGUAGAUGGUUGUGAGAAUAAGUUUGUGCAUUGAGAUUUCAGACAUCAGAAAGGAAAAAUAAACAAUGAUGUAGUGAUUUGUUGUUCGAUUUGCUGCUGCAGCGCUUGUAAUUGAUCAGGCAGCAACUUUUGUGACAGUAAUAUAGUUUCUGACAACCA